UAUGACGAUUAUUUCGUCUCUCAAGCUAGACUUGAAAGUUUUCAAACCAAUUAAAAUUAGUAUCUGCCAAAUUAUCAGAACUCUACCUUUGAAUUCAGUGGGUUAAGUCUUAAAUGUAGACCAAACCUUUUGUAAUUAUUGGCUACAAACUCUUAGAAUGUCAUUAACUUUUUGUCAAAAAGUUGGGAUCUUUUUUGGGGAAGUAUUAAAUUGUAUGUUUACAAAAAUUCAAAAGUUAAAUUUUACUUUUUCAAUUUCUUGUGGUUUAAGUUUGUUUUUUUUUUUCUUUUUCUUUUAAAUGCAUAGUAAAAAAAAACCUAAAAUAUUGAUAUAGCCAUAUAGGUAACAUGGAGAAACCCUUAAUAGGUACGUAAAAUAGUGCGAUAAGGAUAUAAAUUUGAAAUAGCUAAAAAUAGUUGUGAUCCAGCGUCAGAAAUAGUAAGAGACAAAAAAUGUUGAAACCAAAAGUGUGUUAAAUGAGUUGUAACAGGACGAAGAUAGCGAUGAGACAGAGAGCUUAGAGAAAGUGAGAGGACAAGAAGAAGAAGAUAAAGAAGAGGAAGACAAGGAACAAUGUAGCCCUGUCUCUGUACUUGACCCGCUUGAGGAGGAGGAGGAGGAGGACGACGAGGACCACCAACACGAGCCUGACCAUCUCAAUCUCCUCCCGUGCAACUUUGAAGUUGUACAACGGGCUAAAAGGCGGCUACUUAAGAAGCUUCGUAGAUUCGAGAAGUUAGCGGGGCUGGAUCCGGUAGAGCUCGAAGGGAAGAUGUCGGAAGAAGAAGAGGACGAAGAAGAAGAAGAAGAGGAAGAGUAUGAGGAGAGCGAGGAAGACGAUAACGUAAGGAUUUACGAUUCAGAUGAAGAAUAUGAGGACGUAGAUGAAGCGAUGGCACGAGAGAGCCGAUGCGCAGAAGAGGAGAGGAGUAAGAAGAAGAAUGAUGAGAGGCAGAAGAAAUGGAGGAUGAUGAACUCAUGGAAGGUAGGGUUGGGAGCAGAGGAGGAUGUGGACGUGGUGGUGCGGAAAGAUAUGAGAGAGGAGACCAGAGAAUGGACAAAACACGGUGGAGAAGUGGAAGAGGCCGUGUCCGAUCUCGAGCUCUCUAUUUUCUUCUUUUUGAUUGAUGAAUUUUCCCACGAACUUGUCUCUUCUUCUCCAUGAACAAAUAAUGAAUUUGGUUAGAGCAACAAAAUUAGUAGAUUUUUAGAAUAUAUAUUUCUGACUUGAUAAACCAAUUUAACCUC